UUUUUUCCCGCAGGGACCCCAAUUCUCCGGGAUUGCGCCCCCCUUUUGAUAAUUUCUGAAAAAGAAGGCUUUUUUGCCAAGUAUUUUCCCCCUUUUUUUUGAGAAGCCUUGCCGAUUUAUAGUGGUUUGGAAAGGGCGCCCUCUAUUUAACUUGUUAAAUUGCCAAUUUUUCCAUUUUAGACUGUUAAAGUCAAGACUAAUUUCGAAUAUGAUGCAGAAGUUGAAUUGCCUACAGAUAAUGAAGGCAGCUUGCUUGUAGAAACCCUUACUCAUGCAGGCUUUCCUGGAGUCGUCACUUUGAUGUACGUUGAUCCGGAUAGUGGAAGAACUAUUAGAAUGCAGAAAGAUCCAACAAACACAAAAUUCAUUCGGCCUACUCGUGGUUGGGAAAAUAUUGAGUUCGUUGUAAGUGAACGUCGUCAUACACAUGAAGUUUUGCGACCAAAUGAUGGCAAUGGAUUAGGAGUUGAUUUUCUGAGGCGUCAUACUCAACCAACUAUUUAUGGAAAUGUUCAUGAAUUAGAACAACAGGCACAGGAGUUGGCACAGUUUAGACGUCGUAGUUCUCAUGCAAUUGGCUUUGGAAGUAAUUAUUAG